GCUCUCGUCGUUCUUGGCGCCACCACAUCGCGGGAGAUGAGCCACACAAGCGUCUCCUCCUCCUCCUCCUCCGCCUCAUCUCCACCACCACCGCGAGCUCGCCAGCGCCACGAUUCCCGAGGCCCAGGAGAGCGCGAGCCGCCGCCGCCGCAGCAGCAGCCUAGCUCCUAGCUAGCCAGCCAUGGCGCUCGCCCACCAGCUGGUCGCCAACCGGCCGCUCCUCCCCACCCCGGCGCCGCGCGUCCCCAGGGCCAGCAUCAGCAACGCGCGGCCGCAGCCACUUCUUGGCCGGGACUGCCGCCUGACGCUGCUGCGGGCGGAGAGGAGGACGCUCGCCGUCGCCCGGGCGUCGUCGUCGUCGUCGUCGUCGUCGUCGCAGACGGAGCCCAAGUCGGAGGGCGGCGAGGCGGCGGCGGCGGAGGGGGAGGAGCAGCCGUACGAGGAGUACGAGGUGGAGAUCCUGAAGCCGUACGGGCUCAAGUUCGCCAAGGGCCGCGACGGCGGCACCUACAUCGAGGCCAUCCUCCCCGGCGCCGCCGCCGACCAGACCGGCAAGUUCGAAGUCGGCGACAAGGUCCUCGCCACCAGUGCUGUAUUUGGGGAGGAAAUCUGGCCGGCAGCAGGGUACGGACAGACCAUGUACUGCAUCCGUCAGAGGGUUGGCCCCCUCUACAUGAAGAUGGAGAAGAGAUUUGGGAAAUGGGAUGGUGCUGCUGAGCUCAGUGAGAAGGAGAUCAUCAGGGCUGAGAGGAACUCCGGGGUGAUCAGCAACAGGGUGAGGGAGAUCCAGCUGCAAAAUUACCAGAGGAAGAUGGAGCAGAAGAUGCAGAGAGAGGAGGAUCUUCGCAUGGGGCUGAGGCUGUACAAGGAUGGUAAAUAUGAGGAGGCAUUGGAGAAGUUCGAGUCAGUUUUGGGAUCAAAACCUGAGAUCAAUGAGUCUUCCAUAGCUAGCUACAAUGUUGCCUGCUGUUACUCGAAGCUUGACCGGAUACAAGCUGGUAUUUCUGCACUGGAAGAUGCCCUGAAAGCAGGUUAUGAAGACUUCAAGAGAAUUCGCACCGACCCGGAUCUAGAAAACUUGAGGAAAACUGAGGAAUUCAACGUCCUGCUGAACAAGUACGACGAAUCGUUCAUCAAUGAGAAUGCUAUCAACGCCAUCAAAUCCUUGUUUGGAUUCAACAAGAAAUGAGCACUGAACUGGUCAUGGUGGUAGGAGAUAUUGCAUCUUUUCUCCAGCUGCAGUUGAACACUUCUGAAGCUUUGCUAGGCUAUAUAGCACUUGGCAAACACGGUUCAAUUUUUCUCCCUGCCAUUAGUUCACACUUCACACACCAGUAGUUUUAGCUAUUCUUGGUGAGAUUCUGCAGAACGGUUUCAGUCUUCCCUCUUACUGUAACCAGUCGAUGGAGAUACACUUUGUAAAUUCAAGCAACCAAAUGUUAAGGAAAUAUAUUGUGAUUGUGCUUAUAAAUUUA